CCACAUCCACACGGAACACCCUCUGGUAAUGCCCACACCUCACCUGCCUGACUGUGGUGGUUCCACCCUGGGAGCUGAGGUGCAGCGAGGCUCAGAGGGGCAGCUGCCUGGCAGGACCCUGAGGGAGGGGCCGCACCCUCAGUGCGUCCUUUCCUCCCACUGCCUUCCUCAGCCUCUCCUCCUCCUCCUCUUCAUCUCUCUCUGUAUCUCUGUCCCAGCUGUGAUGCCUCCAGAUUGGUGCUUGCCCAGGUGGCCUGUGCGCUAACUGCUCCAGCCCUGCCCCAAAGGAUGGUGACUGUGAGUGCGUGUGUCUGUGUGCGUUGGGGUUGGGGUGUUACUCAGUAAUCAGUUAACAGCAAUCAAAUCGAUGCCCAGGCUCUGUAGGAAGGAAAUGCUUCCCCACUUACCUUAGUAACAAAAGACAGGUUAACAAGAGAAAAGCAAACUGAUUUAUUUAACAAAAAGUUUAGGCGACAGGGGAGCCCUCACAGGACAUGAAGACCCCAAGUGGAUAAGCCCAAGCAUUUCUCCAAUCGGCUGAGCAAAGAGCCGAUUGUGGAAAGUAAAGGAAGGUGAUGUACUUCCUGAGGUCAGUCGGUCUCAGAAUGUGGCCUGAGCUCCUCACCCCUCCUGGUGCAGGGAGGUGACUUUCACAUGGAGCUUUAGCUCCAGCUUUCAAGAGGAACCGGGAGGUCAGCACACCUGCUCUUGCUCAAGUGCCUUUAGCUCAAAGUGAUCCCUAUGCCAAAGUGGUGUAUGUGGAACAUUGCUCAGAGUGAGUGAACACCCCGUCGGGGAGGCAUGGCAGGUCCCAGCGCCUGCCAUCCAACCUGCGGCACCGGCCACCUCCUGGGUCCUGUGGUCACAGAUGAGGACACUACAGGCAGCUGGACACUGCAGGGGGUGGGGGUAGAGCUGAGCUGUACCUCUCCUAGCUGCUGUCAGGCAGGCCCACAAGGAACCACCUACAGGGACAAAGUAGUGUCAACACCUCAUGGGGCUGGCGUUUCUUGUCUUCUCUCGAGAUCAGGAAAGUUGUCAGAGGUGCACUCCCCCAUUCUUGGUACUGAGCCGCUAUUUGCAGAUGUACAGCAGGGGCGGACUCCAGUCCCCGGAGGCUGACCGUGUUCUCUGCUCCCACGACUGCGGGGCAAGCUCGUGCUGCCCCCAAGGAAGCCUCCCCAGGACCGGCUUACUGCCGCUCCCAAGCACAGGCCACUGCUGCAGUGGGCACGGGCAGCACUUUUCCGAGGCCCAGGCCCCCUUGAGCUGAACACUCAGCUCUGCUUUCACCAACCAAGCUCCACCAAGAUAAGCCAGCCACUGCCAGACACCUCGCCUAGAGCCAAACAGGCACCAGGGACCAAAAUAACCAUCAGAUGACCAGAGGACUGGCUGGCCGCCUCCCUCCCAAAGGCAAGCUGCUCACAGCAGCUGCAGUUAAAAAUAGGGGAGGAGGGCAUACUCAUGUCUUUGGGAGAAUCACAAGGGGAGAGCACUGUCCUGCCUUUGCCACCGCACACGGGCAUGAUGAAGUCACUACGCUUUGCUUCUGCUGAGGCCCUGGUGUCCCACCCCCAGGUGGCCCUGCAGAGCCUGGACAGUGUGGCCCACAACCUCUACCCACUUCUGUUCAAAGCCAGCUACUUGCUGGAGCAGGCAGAGGUAAUCCGAGUUCUGCUGGAGCGCUGGCCACUGGAGGAGUUCCGGCUGGGCACCCUGCUGGCGCCAAGCACAGACCACUCAGAAGACCUGCGGGACCGGGCCUGCAGGGCCUGCCUGGAGGCCUGUGUGAGGGGCCUGGCGGACCACGUGCUCCGGGGCAGGGGCCGGCAGCGGCUGCAGUUGGCCGACCUCAUGGGAGUCCGAGAUGUGCAGGUGCAACAGUGCCCCUGUGGGAGGGCGCUGGGCAGGUGGGGCCGCACUGAGCUGCUGGCCAGGACCUGCUGUGAGCUGCAGGUGGGUCCCCAUGCAGCCCAGCAUUCCAUAAAGGUCCUGGCGGAUCUCUUCGUCACUGAGGGAAACUUCCAGGCCGUUGUACAGGCCCUGGCACCGGCUGGCCCCGCCCCACUGCGUGUGCACUGCCUGUCCUUCCGGGCGGACAGCCUAGACCCCAGUCAGCUCCUGCAGGUGCUGUGUCUGGCCAGGCCAGGCGAGCUGCGCAGGCUGCAGGUGGUGCACAAUGUGCGUCUGCAUGCUGGCCAUGUGCAGCAGCUGCUGGCCCAGGUGCACUUCCCCCAGCUGACCUCGCUCACCUUGCCUGCCAAGGCCUUUGACAGGCCCCCUGCCUGCACCCCAACCGCAGAGGAUGAGGACCCCCUCUUCACCUCCAUCGCCUGGGAGCUCAGCCAGAUGACCCAGCUCACCGAGCUGAGUGUGGCUUUCUCCACACUGACGGGCAAGAUCCAGAAACUGCUUGGCCCCCUGAGAACCCCGCUGAGGGUGCUGGACCUGGCCAACUGCUCCCUGAACCAUGCGGACAUGGCCUUCUUGGCAGACUGCACCCAUGCCACCCACCUGGAGGUGCUGGACCUCAGUGGGCACAGCCUGGUCCACCUUUUCCCUUCGACCUUCUUCAGGCUGCUGGGCAGGGCCGCCCAGACCCUGAGGGUCCUCACCCUGGAGGAGUGCAGCAUCGAGGACCGCCACCUGAGCACGCUGAUCCUGGCCCUGAGCCCCUGUCACCAGCUCCAGGAGCUCCGCUUCCUGGGCAACCCGCUGUCCGCCUCCGCCCUGCGGCGCCUCUUCCUGGCUCUCUGUGAGCUCCCCAAGCUGCGGUGGGUGGAGUUCCCAGUGCCCAAGGACUGCUACCCUGAGGGUGCCGCCUACCCCCAGGAUGAGCUGGCCAUGUCCAGAUUUGACCAGCAGAAAUACAACACUAUUGCCGAGGACCUGCGUGGGGUGCUGCUGAGAGCUGGCCGGGAUGACAUCGAGGUCUCCACACCAGUCUUUGGGAGCUUUGACCCGGAUAUUCAAGAAACAAGCAAUGAACUUGGAACUUUCUUGCUGCAAGCUUUCAAAACUGCUCUAGAAAACUUUUCCAGGGCACUGAAACAAAUGGAGUAGUCCUCUCAAAAGGCCACAGCGGGUCUGGCAUUUCAGCCGGCAGGUCGAAUUUCAGCCCCAGGCCGGCAGCUUGGGCCGAGCAUUGGUGCCCUCACCACUGACGCCCAAAGCAUUGCUUAGUCAGAGUUGUUCGUGGUAUCCGUUAGGCACUGUAGAAGAAGCCCUGCCUCCUAGUAGAUGUGACACAAGGGCCACUUUAGCAUCAGAGCACAGCGGGCACGUUGGAAUGGAAAAUGCCCACAGAAGCCACCAUCAGUGGUGGGCACAAAGGCACCAGGGACCUAGAGUCGCCGUCUGGUCAUGGUGCAUCCCGGGCUGUGUGUGAGGUGCAGGCUGGUAGUGGUAGCGAAGAGGAGGUGCGGAGCAGGACAUCAGGCUGGCAUGAGGGGGAAGAAAUGAGAGGAGAUGUCACAGAGCAGAUGUCAGAAAACAACCACCUGGGAAAAGAGUGGAGGUGAAGAGCAUGGAAGCCGGACGCUGCCCCCCCCCCGUCUGUGGUGCUGAUGCUUCCAGGUGACGUCUGUUUGGGUAUUUACAAAGGCCAGCAGACCAUGGACCAUGGGCUUCGGUGACUAAUGGCUUCUAUCCACUUUCCAGGGGUUUGCAGUGCUCAGGCUUUGCUGCUGCUGGUGAGCCCGAGAGCACAGGGUUAAGGAACCAAAAGGCCUUCUCCACCCACCGAAGCCUGGGGAGGGCGUCUGCGCUGCAGGGAAGCCACAGUGCCCACAAGGACCCUGCUCCCUGCUGCCCAGGUUCCGCCUCCUUAGACUCAGAGGCCCAGGCCCCAGGCAGGGCCCUCUGUGGGUCCAAGGGAGCAGCUCUGCCUGGUUGUCGCAGUCCUGGUGCACGAGAGGACACAGGCGGGCCUGGUUUCCACCAAGCUCUGAUUGGUGCAAAGGUGAUGAGGAUGAUCAAAUACAAAUAAAACAUUAGUGUGUCUUAUUCAGAUGUGAUUUUAAUUUCAGUGCAAUUCAGAAUU